AUGCAGGCACCCACAUCCAACCAACGAAAACCCAUCAAAGACCUGACUAAAGUGUUCCACUACACAGACACCAUGACUCGGAUGCCUACCCGCGACAAUGACCCAUACGAAUACAUGGCUGGGUUUGGGAACCGCUUUCAGUCAGAAGUCAUCCCAGGGAUUUUACCAGCCGGUCAAAACAAUCCACAAGAACCGCGUUUUGGCCUAUACACCGAAGGCCUUACGUACUCUGCCUUCACAGCCCCAAGACAUGCCAAUUUUAGCACUUAUACGUAUCGGGUGAGGCCAGCAGCUGCACACAUGACAACGCUUGCUGGUCAGGCUGAAUGGGCACCGUUUCCUCUUCCCAACGAUGACGAGAAGAUUGACUUUAUAGAUGGUUUGCACACCCUGGGGGGAAGUGGAGAUCCAAAUCUGCGAGAAGGCAUUGCACUCUAUGUCUUCAUGAUCAAUGCAGAUAUGGACCACCGAGCAUAUUGUAAUACGGACGGUGACUUUCUGAUCGUGCCUCAGCUGGGAACCCUCGACAUACAAACUGAGAUGGGGCUGCUUGUUCCUGCAACCCGGCGAACGAAUCCGCGAGACUUUCUCCACCCUGUGGCCCACAUUGACGAGAAUCUCCAUGAAGACUGGGAGAUUGUCAACAAAGCAAAUGGCCGAUAUAGUGUCAUUGGGCAGGAUCACAGCCCAUUCGAUUUGGUGGCAUGGCAUGGGAAUGUCGUUCCCUACAAAUACGACCUAACCAAAUUCGCGUCCCAAAAUGCAACCUCUAUAGAUCACACUGACCCGUCCGUGAACUGCGUAUUGACUGCCCCAUCUAGAGAUCCAGUCACGCCAUUAGCCGACUUUCUAUGGUUUGGGCCACGAUGGGAUGUGGCGUCCAACACGUUCCGUCCUCCGUAUUUCCACCGCAACUCGGCAACAGAAUUUCUUGCGUGUCUAUAUGGAAACGGACUCGGACGCUCUGAGGAGUUCUUGCCUGGUGGAGGUAGUGUUGAGGUCAGCCAUACGCCACAUGGCAACUUCAGCGAUGGAUAUAUUGCUGACGGCAUAGAUCAAAUGACAAUUAUGGUUGAAAGUAGCCGGUCGUUCCUGUUCACCGAGUAUGCGCGAAGUGGCUGUGGAACUUUUAAGAACCAAGGUCCAGAUCCCGAAUUAUGGGAUGCUUUACCUGACAAAUUCUCCGCGUACCCAAACAUCAAGAAGAUUCACAGUCAGGUCAAGUCCGAUGAAGAAGCAUGGAAGAAGCAGCUAGAAGCGUAUUAUGAUGAUGAUUGGCUGGCGGAAAGGUACAUGGACCACAACAAAGCUUAG